AAAAAAAAAUUUUUUUUUUUUCAAAACACAACAAAAUGUACUCAUCUGUCAUAGCUAGGUUAAAUCAAGGUGGCAAACUGUAACAGAAGUCAGUCAUCAAUACGCACGAUUAUAUAGGAGUCGGAUACAUGGCUGUACUGAGACAAGAAAGUGGAUGACACAUUUAAACUGGUUUCAGCUGAUACAAACUGGACUACAAAGGGUGAAGACCUGUUGAGGAGGUGAAAAUAAGCAGAUCUGCACCGUAGUUGUGUGUGAAAGUGCAUUGAGGAAACAUUGCUAUUGACUUCUGCUGGACUGCGACCGUAACCAUGUCGAACAUUACGAUCAACGUGUGCACUUCCGAUGACACUGCAGAGAGGAGAACUCCAGCAGGAAACCGAAAGAGGAAAAACAAGUGGUUUCAUAAAAAGAUGCAGUAUUUAGAGCAAAAUGGCUACGUGGAAUCUAAACCUAAAUACAACCACAAAAUGGGACCGUCCAGACAAGCUCCCCCACCACGCCCAAAUGGAGCAUCCACAAAGCAUCCAUCGCUUCCAACUACUACACCCAAUAAAAGUUUACCUCGUCCCAGCAGCACAGCCGGCGCUUCACACUGUAGCUCCCAGCCUUCGACAUCCGCACGCAGCCUGCCUGCCUUCACGGCCCCUGCGAACAUCAGAGGCCGUCAUGAAAAGCCAAAUGGACCUGCGAACACGAAAUCAACCACCAUUACGCCCAGACCCUCAGUAUCUGUCAGCCAUAAACCCACUGCCACGCAAACAUCGGCAGGAAUCCCCACAAAGUACCUCGCUUUUGACUGUGAGAUGGUUGGUACAGGACCAAAGGGGAGCAUCAGCCAGCUCGCACGCUGCAGUAUAGUGUCCUACGAAGGAGACGUGGUUUACGAUAAAUUCAUCAAGCCCUCCGUGCCCGUCACUGACUACCGCACCCGAUGGAGCGGCGUCCGGCGCAGUGACCUCGUCAAUGCCACGCCGUACUUGGAGGCCAGGAAGGAGAUACUGAGGCUGCUCAUGGGGAAGGUGGUGAUUGGCCACGCCGUCCACAAUGACUUCAAGGUCCUCGGUUACUCUCACCCCGGUGUCUUGACCAGAGACACGUCUCGAAUCCCUCUGCUCAACCUGAAGGCCGGCUUUGCCGUCAACGAGCAUGCCUCGCUGAAGAGACUCACCAAGGCCAUCUUCAACCGUGACAUCCAGGUAAUUGGGAAGAAGGGUCACUCUUCUGUGGAGGAUGCCAGAGCCACUAUGGAGCUUUACAAAGUGGUGGAGGAGGAGUGGGAGAGGCAGCUGGCCUCCAAAUCACAGGCCAGUUAGUGCCAGGUUUAAAGAGAAAGACAACAUGGAAGUAAACUUUAAAUAAAGUUUUAAAUUGACAUUUGGUGUGGCAGGUAUGUGGUUUGGACCGACUGCUAACCAGGCCCUGGUUACAGGAUCAACCCCUUCUGCUGUCCUGUUGACAUGUGAAUGGAGAUACCAGGGAAACUGCACCUGCUCAUUCAGUGUACUGGAUAAGCUUCUACCAGCUGCCCGAAAUUUAAAACUGUAAUAUUAUCAUGGGAGAAGAAUACAGUAACAGUUGCAUUCUUUCUCAGGGUUUGCAUUGUGGUUAAAAGGUGCUCCUGCCACUAGGGUGCAGUCACGUUUUCAUUCCAGCAUCAUUGAAACAGCGUUUCAGUGAUGUACAAACAAUUGGUUUUAAGGUAAGGAAUCAAAUCUGCAGAUCCGCUGUUCCAGGACAACAUUCAGCCCAGAGUCAUGCUUACACCACUGUGGUGUAUAUUCAUCUUCUCGCCAUUUGAGCAUGGAUGAUAAAGACAUUUUAAGUCUCACUAAAUUGCCACUAAGCUCUGUCACGUGUCAGUUUUUUUUUUUUUUUAUCAUUUGAAUUGUCUUUAAGUGAAAAAUUGAGACAAAAUACUGUCCUAUUGUUCAGCUUCCACCAGCCAAUGAUGUUCUUUACGUAGAGGUAGCCAGGGUUUUAGAAAGAGGCCUGAAUUUCAAAAUAAAGGUUGAUGGCAGAAUAUUUCAACAUCUGAUUUCCGCUCAAAUUUAAAGUUACACAUGGUAAUGGAUUGCCAAUAUGCCCCAUACCCCCCAAAAUAUAGGACAUGACCUCUGUGUCCUCAAUGGUAGCUACAACCCUGAUGUUCUUCAGAUCUCUCCUUGCACAGACUGUCUACUUCCUGAUACUAAAACUACUUGUCGCAGCUGCUCACAAAACCAGUGUCCAGUUGUUUAUCUGACCUCUUUCCAGUCAGGUUUUUGGAAUAUAGAGGUGCUUACUUUUAGAGUUCAUACAGUUUCCUAUGCAAUGCCAGAUGAGUUCAGUUGUCUACUGUAGAUUCAGCUCGGUACUUCAAUAAAUCAUCACCACAGUCAUUUUGAGAAUAAUUACUCCAGGUAAUCUGGUCUGAUGCUUAAGUGCACGAGCAUUUAACUUUUACCUUUGCAACUUCAUUCAGUUCCACUGUUUAUGGUGCGUGUCAUCUUCAUGUCACAUUAGCUUGGAGCUAGACAAUACACUCAGCUGACAGUUUAUUGUACUGAGAGGUGUUUCUAAUACUUUGUCUUCCCCAUUUAUAUCAACACAAACCACAGCCUCAAAUAUGACCAUGAAUCAAUCAAUACCUCUCUAAACAGUUUCAACAAAAACUGAACAUCAUAACCUUCAUGAAGGUAGGAUUUAUUGCACUUUGGUUUAAAGUACUUUAAAUGUGUAUUUUCUUGUUGUUAAAGGCUGGAUUCUGACAUGUCUCUGCUGAGUGAAAUGAACAAUGAAUACUCUUGUUUGGUCAUCUUAUCCACAUUAGUAAUGACUUUUUUCUUCUUGAAAAUGAUCUUGUGUGCAAAUUUCUUCUGAGUGUACCAGUGCUCUGUCUUUAUUUAAGGCGAUAGAUGUUGCAUAUAACUGUAUCAUCAAAGUCCAAAAACAAGAUAUUUAACUGACUACAUCAGCAUUGUUGAUAUUGCUUUAGCAGAUUUUGCUUGUUGACUUUGAGAUUUUGAAAAUGAGAAAUGUCCACGUAUUAAACCUCAAAACCUUUUUGUUACUGUC